AGCUCAAACUUGUGAUUGAGGGCUUGUUAUCGAUUUUAUUGCGAUGGCGGCCGCUGCGCCCGCCCAGACGCUGCCUGCAAUGCCGCAGGCUCCGGCCACGGCCCCGGUGCCGGCGGCUCCGGUGGCCACCGCGCCAAGCACCGCCUACCAGGUGUGGCAAGGCCUCCAAGGUGCAGUGCUGUGUGAUGCGGAUCGAUUGUGCGGGCCCAACCGAGCCUACGUGAGGUCGCCAGUGAAUGUUGGCACACCCACUGUGGUCACGACCUCACCAACCGGAGCAACGGUGAGUGGAGGACCUGUCGUGUCAGCAUCAUCUCUUCCAGCACCGCCUUGGAUGCAGAGCAUCGGAAGUCAGGGCCAGCCGAUGGUGAUCCCGGCACCUGCACCGGCCGCAGUCGCGCCGGUGGCCGGCACCUCUGGAGUGUUUGUGCCCUCGCCUGGCGCUGCGGGAAGCCCGGUGGUUGCAUCCGUGCAGCCGGGCUCUGGAGUGUUCGUGCCAUCUCCGCAGAACGCCAGCUUUGUCCAAACCUCUAUAGCAGCGGGCUCGCCGGUGGCAAAGGUUGCGCCUGCUGCGGUGCCUAUGCAACCCACCCCGGCCUUCCCAAACAUUCCUGCGGGCAGUGAGCCCUUUGCGAAAGCCAAGGCCGCUGCUCCCGCUAAGGAGGAGCCGAAAAAGAGAUCCAAGAAGAAGAAGACCAAGUGCUGCGGAGUGUGCUGAACUGCAGGCGAUGCCUUGUCGCAGCUUCCGGUCGGACCCAUUGCCAGAGGCAGCUCGUAUGGCGGCUCUAGUUGUAGCAGGGUCCACUUGGACCAACGGCCAAUGAAGAGAUCGUGACCUAAACCCCAUGUUCCAA